AUGUCUAAGGAAACAAUCGUGGUAAUCGGCGCGGGUGUUAUCGGCCUCACCACCGCACUCCACAUCCAACACCAGAACCCCGCACAGUCCAUCCUUCUGGUAGCCCGCGAUUUUCCAUCAGACACCUCGAUCAAUUAUGCCUCGCCCUGGGCCGGUGCUCACUACAGACCCGUGCCCGGCUCUUCGCCGCAAGCAUUGAGAGAAUCGAACCAAGCACAGCGCACAUACGAGUAUCUAAAGCGAACCGCUGAGCCGGGCGCCGGCAUUGAAUUCAUUCAGGGAAUUGAGCACCUCGAAGUUCCGCCCGCCGAGUGUCUAGAUCCCCAGAGCGUGCAUGAUCUAUACUCGCAUCUAGAUGGAUUCCGGGUGCUGAGCGGAGAAGAGGUUCCCGAGGGCGUGAAGUGGGGAGUGCAGUAUGGAACCUAUGUGGUGAACUCGCCUGUUUACUGUGCGCAUUUGUUGCGCAAGUUCGUGCUGAAAGGCGGCGAGACGAGGAGGUAUACGCUUGCGGAUUUGAAUGAGGCGUUUAGCUUCGGGAAUGUAAAGACGGUGGUGAAUUGCUCUGGGAUUGGGAUUGGGGAUCCCAAGGCCUUUAUCAUCAGAGGUCAAACUUGUCUUGUGCGAAACCCCGUGUCGCAAACCAUCACGCGGCAGAAUAUAGAUGGGUCAUGGUCGUUCUGUAUUCCGCGACCGCUUGAUGGUGGGACUAUCAUCGGGGGCACAAAGGAGCCUCAUAAUUGGGAUCCCAACCCGUCUCUAGAGACCAGGAAACGGCUGCUCGCUAAUGCGAGUAAAUGGUUCCCGUUCUCGGCAGAGAGUGGGGGUAAGUUUGAUGUGAUUCGUGACAUCGUGGGUCGGCGACCUGCGCGCGAAGGCGGCAUGCGGAUCGAGGUUGAGAAGCUCGCUGGCGAUCGGUAUAUCGUUCAUGGGUAUGGGGCUGGGGGUCGUGGGUUUGAGCUUUCUCGUGGUGUCGCGGAAGACAUCACAGCCCUGAUGCUUGAAAAUAAUCUUUUGCGAGCCAAGGCCUCACUGUAA